AUGUCGGAUUCAAUUGAUGAUAUAAAAGUAUUUUUUUCAACAACAAAAGCAUUAAAAUCAAAAGGAAAAGAUUUUUUUCAACUUUAUAAACAAAUAACAGAUUAUAAAAAAACAAAUAAACAACGAUCUGAAAAACUUAAUGAACCUAUUAUUAAAUUUAUUCAACAUUCAUGUGAAUUAGCCAGUAAUCCAGAAUAUAGUUCAAUCUGGCAAUCCCUCGUUGAUGUUACAUCAGAUAUUGUCAAUUCAUAUGGUUCAUUACAUUCCGGUACUGAUCCACAUACUUUCGAUAUUUUUUUCAAACCAUUACUUCAGGAAAUUGAUGUUGAAGAACAUUCCGAUCUGUAUAAAUUUAUCGAACGUGUUCUUGCUAAAAUAAAUCUUGGCUUCAAAAUAGCAACAAGCGAAUAUUUUCGUAAAUUAUUUCUUGAUGCAUUUGCUUCGAAUGUUAAACGAAAAUUAAAAGAAAGUUAUGAUUUAUUCCGUAUUAUUCAUGUACAUAUUCCUGAAAUAAUUUCACCGAUUUUUACAAUGCAUCAAGCUUUUUUAAAAAAUCCAAAUCCAGAUCAAAGAGAAAUUGGUAUUCGUUUUUUAGUUAAUGUUCUUAUUGGAACAUAUACGAUUAAAGAAGAAUUACAUAGAGAUGUUCUCGAUGAUUUCCGUAAAAGUUUUCAUGAAAAAGAUUCUGAAUCUCAACGAAUUGUUAUUGAAAACAUUUCAAAAUAUCUAUUACGAAAAACUUACAUAACCAAUAUUCUCAUCGACGAUUUAAAAAAAUGUUUUGAUUCUCACAUGAUAUCUUCUCCACUUUUAAAUGUUCUUGUUGAUCAAAUUAGUUUAGCAAUCAAAGAAUGUUAUCAUGCAGCACCAAAUUCUCUUCUUGAUUUACUUUUAACUGGAUGCAAUCAUUCAAUACCAUCUGUGGCAAUAACUUGUGUUGAAACAAUAGCUUAUCUUUAUCGUCUUUAUUAUGUUAAAGAUCCAUAUCCAUCACCAACCCGUUCACGUCUUGAUAUUGUACCAAGAAUUGUUCUUCAUACAGCUAUUAAACAUCCUGAUUUAAUUGUUCGUAUUGAAUCACAAACAACAUUUUUUGAAAAUAUUAUUUUUGAACAUUAUCGUAUUGACGAGCGAACUCGUCAAUUUUUUAUUUUUGCACAAUCCGAUUUAGAUGAUGAGGGUGUUAAAAAUUUUGGCCAAUUACUUCAUAUUCAAUCUGAAUUACGAACACUUUUACAUAAAGCAUUAGUUAAAUGUUGUACAACAAGUGAAAAAAGUCUUAAUAAAAUGAGUACAAGUGAUCAUGAAGAAGAUAUAACACCUGAUCUUGAAGAAUUAGAUAGUGAAAAUGAUGAUGAACAUUCAACAUUAACUCAAAUCUUACAAAAAAUUAGUGAAUUAUGUUUUACUCCAAAAGAACAUGGUGUACGAAAAUUACGACAAUGGAUUAUAAAAUCGGAACCAAAAGCAAGAGAACAAUUACACUCGAUUUCAUCUUUAACAAUGGAUCAAUCAACAUUAGUUGAUACAACAUUGUCUAAAACAACAAUUGAUAUGGAUGAUUCAACAGCAACAAUUAAUGAAGCUAUUCAACUUGUUGAAGAUCGUUUAGCUAGUCGUGUAUCGAUUGUUUUUUCACAUGAUUUUCUUCAAGAAUUUCCAUCAUGUGCGCAAGCUUAUUUCAAUGAAGAAGCAAUAUUAGAUGAACAAACUGAUGAUGAUAAUGACGACGACGGCAGCGAUGAUGAUGAUGAUGAUGAUGAUGAUUCUUCAUUAAAAUCAGCAGAAAAGCGAUCACAAAAUGAACAACGUCAACAUCGUUGUAUUAAACAAAUGGGAAAAUUAACAAAAGUUCUUCGACCAUAUCUUGAAAGUUCAACGGAUGUUGAAAUUUUAGAAAAAUUUAUUGAAAUUAUUGAUGAAACUCGACCAAUACUUAGUACGUUUGUUUUUGGUAUCUUAGCUGAAUUUGGUGCACUUCUUGGUCCAGGUCAAAUAAAAACUGCACUUAUUGAUCGUCUUGUCGAUGUUCUUGUUGAUGCAAUUAAUAAAGGUGAUAGAACAACAAUGGGUAAAUGGGCCAUGCGUGCACUUGUACCCAUUGUUGGUUCAAAUGAACAACAAUUAGAACAAAUCAUUACACAUAAUCUAUUCGGCAAAACAAAAACUUCAUGGUGGUCAACAGAUGGUUUAGCAUCCUCUCAUCGUUGGUUAUUACUUAGUCAUAUUGUUAAAUAUGCACCAUCAACACGAACAAUGUUUAAUAUUCUUCAACAAAUAAUCAAAGUGAUUUUACGUCAUUUUUCAAAUACUAAAAAUUCAAACGAACUAAUGAAAUCUUUUGAUGAAGUUACUAAUGAUAUUCAAAUGAGAGCUAAUCAAUUAAAAUUUCUUUCACGUUCAGCAAAUUGUAUUCAUGUCCAGCGGCAUGGAAAAUCUCUUAUUGAUGAUGAUGAUGAUGAAGAUGCUGAUGAUGAAGAUCGUGUUGAUACAAUUAAUUUAGUUAUGAAAUUUUUACUUAAAUUACUUAAAGAUGUUUUUAUAUUUCCUAAUAAUGAAAUUGGUCGACAUUAUUUACAAUUACAAGCAUCUAUUGAAGUACUUCGUAUGUUAGAAAUUCCAGAAAUUUUUCAUAGUUUUGUACCAAAUGAUUAUGUUGAAUUAUUUUCUGCUGCAACGCAUCAAAAUGCUCAUGUUCGUCAUAGAUUUCUUCAACGUAUUUUAAAUAAAGUAGCACAAUGGAAAUUAUCAGUUUUAUUUCUCGGUUUUACUAUUGCUGUACCAAAUGAUGAUGAAGAUUUAAUAACAGGAAAAAAUCUUAAAUCAGUUAUGGAACGUUUAUAUUUAUUAGCUUCAAAAGGAUCAGUUGAAACAAUGCAACGAUUAUUACCAGAAAAAAGUAUAUCAUUAAUGGUUUAUUUACAUGCUAAUAAUCGAAGUCUUAUUGUUGAAAUUGAUCGUGAAGUUCUUGAAUCAAUAACGAAUUCUGUUAAAUGGAGUUUACGUACAAUGUUACAAGCACGUGAAAAAACAAAUAAACGAUUUCAUGGUGCUAUACCAAAAUUACUUCAUUCAAUAAAACAUAGCCGUUCAAAAGCUGAUCCACUUGAUGAUAAUCUGCAUCAUCGUAUCUAUUUAAUUGUUGAUAUAUUUCAAGUAACAUUUGCUGAUUUAUCACCACUUGAAGCUUAUGAUUUUGCUGAUAUACGUAAUAAUUUAUCUGGUGAACCACUUCUGUUUACUCAACCAAAUUUUACAAAUUUAAAUACAAAAUCUUAUUUACCGGAUUUUUAUAAAGAGAAAAAAGUAACAAAACGUUCAAAAAAAAAUGAAUCUAUGCUAUCAGAUGAAGAUAAUACAGAUAAUGAAACAGAAUUUAGUGAAAUGGCUAUAACAACAACACCAAUAGCAGCUGAUGAUGAAGAUGAUGAUAAAGAUUUAAAAAAGAAAAAGAAAAAUUUACCAAAUAAAAAACGACAACGUUCACGUGCUAUUGAACCACCAUCAAGUUCAAGUGAAACAAUCGAUGAUGAAGAAGAACAAAUACAACAAGAAGAAAAAGAAAAUGAAAAAAAAAGCCGAAAACGAAAAGUUUCAUCGUCAACUCGGUAG